AUGGCAAAGCAAGUUGCCCUCGUCAUUGGAGCUUCUCGCGGCAUCGGGCGCCAGAUAGCCAUCGAUCUAGCUCGUAAUGGAUACGCCGUUGUUAUCGCCGCCAAAACAACUUCAAACCCACACGACCCAGCCAUCCCCUUCCCACCACCUCCCAACUCCUCACACUCAACCAUCAACACCGUGGCCCGCGAAAUCACCGACUUACACAACGGCACUGCAACCGCAAUCGCAGUUGACACCCGCGAUGUGAACCAAAUCAAUUUUCUAGUGGCAGAAACAGUCCGCAUAUACGGCAAGCUAGACGUCCUCAUCUACAACUCCGGCGCAAUCUGGUGGUCUUCUGUCGAGAACACACCCGUUAAAAGAUUUCAGUUAAUGCAGAGGAUCAAUCCAGAGGGAUUGUAUGCUAGUGUGCAUGCUGCGUUGCCGGCGUUUGAGAAGAAUGGGUGGCGAGGGAGGAUAAUUGUUGUUUCGCCGCCGAUUUAUUCGAGGUUUUUUAGGGGCAAGACUGCGUAUGCUAUGGGCAAAGUUGGAAUGAGUGUAUUGACCAAGGGCCUGGCGAUGGAUUUUGAGAGGCAGGGGAGAAAGGAUAUGGCUAUUACUAGUAUAUGGCCUGCCGUGUCCAUCGAGUCCGCGGCAACCGGAGACAUGGUCCGAAAAGACCCAACAUCCGAACGCGACCUACGCAAACCUACAAUAUUCUCCGACGCAAUUCUAGCCAUGCUCAACGCCCCCGUCGAAAAAGUAAACGGUCUCCUCGACCUCGACGAAGACUUUCUACGUCGCGAAUGCGGCGUCACUGACUUCUCUAAGUAUGCGGUUGUGCCUGGCUCAAGUCCGAGACGGAUCAUGCCUGCUGAAUUCCCUGUGCUAGAGGUUGCGGAGCAGGAUGAUGAAGGGAAGAGGAUGGAUAGUGCGGCAUUAAGGGCCGGCAGGGCGAAGAUAUAG